AUGUCGUCAUCUUCGCAGCCUGACUACCCUAGCUUGAUCAAUACUUUGCUCGAGCACCUCAACAAUGCUUCCCUGGACCCCAUUCGCGCAGAGAGUAUGCGAAGCACACUGGAGGAAUUAAAAUCAGUGGCUACUAUCCUGGAGCCCGGGGAAUCAUCUGAAGAAGAAAGUGUGGAAAGCUCAGUGGAACGGAUUCGGAAACUCAAAGGUGCAGAGCAAAAGGUGCUGGAUCUGAUAGCCCGGAUACGUUUCGGGAUACAAAACCCAACAUAUCCAGUCCACAAUGAAGCCCGAAAUAUCCAGUCACAUCCGAUUCUAGAAGACAUAAAAGAGCUGAAGGUUUUCGUAUCGGAUGUACAAGGUAUGACAGGGGGAGAAGAGAAUGUCAGAGCGGGAAACCUCUUUGAACGCCUUGCAAACUUGCAGGUACGGUUGCAUAAUGCCCAGAGCGAAUCAGAGGUCAGGCAGCUCGAGGUAGAAGAGCUACGUCAAGCCACUGAAGAUGUUAGGCGAUUUGCUCGCCGCAGGAACAUCAUGUUAGCCCAGCCCAUUUGGUCUUACCGAGGAGAUUGUACCUGCCCAAAUGUUCUCUUCUUUUCCGGAUCUAAUCCAACGCGAGAGGCGCUCUGUACCUUGGCGAAGCUCCGUGGGUUCGAAUUGCGAGACAAGAAUCCUAUUGGAGUCGAUUUUGCUGAGGGUCGCUGGCAUGACCUGCAAGAAGCUAACCUUGCUGUAUUUGAUCUAUCGGACGAGGAGCCCCAGGUAUACUACGAGAUGGGGGUCGCAAUCACAUUAGGAAAAGAACUCGUGCUCUUAUGUCGCAGAGGCGUCAUCCCCAAGUUUGAUGUCGGCCAGAAUUAUGCAGAGUAUGGAAUCCACGAUAAUCGAUUUGGCGUGGUUCAGGCUGCUUUAGAAUCGUGCCUUUAUCGACUGCAAAACCGUGGCGAUCGGUCGACACCAACACCACAAGAGACCUACAGAUAUGCCAAAUGGCUUGCACGUCAGCAACCGGACAAUGCCACCCUCGCUACCUUUUGUCUUCUGGACAAGGCUAAAGAUGAUCCUGUCGAGAUACACAAUUCAGUCUUAGUUGUGAAUCAAUUUCUAAUACGACAGCAUGAAAUAAUCUUUCCGAGGUGGCCAGGCUGCUACCCUGACCCGGACGCCAAAAGAUGUUUUAUUGUCAUGUCUUUUGCUGAGCACAUGAAUCCUGCGCGGGUUGCGAUUGAGGAAGGGAUCCGCUUAGCAGGUGGAGAUUCCAUCCGAGGAGAUGUUGCCGAGGAUCCCCAUAUACUACGAUCAAUCUGGGAUGAGAUAUGUCGUGCAAACCUUAUCGUUGUCGACCUCACGGAAUUUAAUCUCAACGUCUGUCUCGAGCUGGGCAUUGCUCAUACCCUCGGCCGAAAGAUCCUUCUUGUCGGUCACGAAGGGACGCAAAAUAACCUCAACCAAAAUCUAUCAAACGUAGCAAAAGUGAGACUACAACCCUACACAAGUCAUCUCGACUUGCAGGCGACAUGCUUCUGUGCCGUCAAAAGCCUAGAUGUCAAAAGCGCGGUGCUUCAGGAAACUCGACCGCUUUCUUCGUUCCACGCGAUUAGGUAG